UAUUCUGAAGGUACACAUUGCGAAAAUGUCUCUAUAUCCUUCUCUUGAGGACAUGAAAGUGGAUCAGCUAGCUAGAGCACAGCUGGCUCAGACUCCUGCUGCUCCUCCUCCUUCUUACUCAGCAUCAGCUCCCCCAUAUCCCAUCACUCCAGCUUCCAAACCUGUUUCUGCUGAUAAAUAUGCAAAUCUGUAUCCAGUUUUGGAUGAUUAUAUGGGACUUCAACUGCAUCAGCAUGCACAAUCACAGCCACAAAUUGCAGCACAAUCACAGGCAGUAGCAAAUGUUGCAAACAUAUCUGUUCCUGCUGUGAAGCCAACAAAUAUGGUUGCUCCGCUAUCCAGUUCAACUCCUGGUUUGGCCAGAGCUCAGGUCAGUCAUGGACUGAGAGAAGUCACCCUGUGUAAAGACGGGAAUGGACGUGUUGGAUUGAGGAUGCAAGCUGUCAACAAAGGCGUUUUUAUAAUUUUGGUUCAGAAAAAUACUCCUGCCGCUUUGGCUGGAUUACGCUUUGGGGACCAGAUCCUUAUGAUCAAUGAUGUAGUGGUUGCUGGAUUUUCAAUGGAUGAUGUACACAAGAUGAUUAAGAAAGCCAACCCUGACCGCAUUACCAUGGUUGUGAGAGACAGACCUUUUGAAAGAACUAUUACAGUUCAUAAAGAUAGUGCUGGAUGUAUUGGAUUUGGAUUCAAAAAUGGAAAGAUAAUUAACAUUGUGAAGGAUUCUUCAGCUGCAAGGAAUGGUGUCCUAAUUGACCACAACCUUCUAGAGGUGAAUGGCCAAAAUGUGGUUGGAUUGAAAGAUAAGGAAAUUUCUGCUAUUAUUCGAGAAAGUACAUCUCCUGUAACUGUAACCAUCAUGCCUUCUUUUGUUUAUGAUCAUAUGUUGAAAAAUACUGCAUCCAGUUUCAUCAAGAAGACCAUGGACCACUCCAUCCCUGACAUAUAAAAGACUGUAAAAUACCUUUGUUCUGUGAAAAAUUUUUGUUGCUUUAAUUUCUGAGCUUUUUAUGUUGUGUGUUCUAUGUUUUGAACACUUUGUCACUUGUUGAUCUGUUUUGUUAAUUUUAGAUAUUCCUGUAAUUUGGAUUCUACAUUUGUAUAUCCAAUGCUAUGGGGAAUUGUCUGUUUUAAGAACAGUAUUUUUUUUCUUUGUGAAUUUUUUUUUUCAUGGUACUUAGUUUAUGUAUUUUGAACAUUCCGUCAUGGUUUCAAGUUAUAGUAUGGGGUUAAGCUGCAAUUAUGACAUAUCUGGCUUUAUGUCGUGCCUUUUUUAUCUGUUAACAUAAAGCUUGAAAGGCCAAUUUUUGUGUAUUUUAAUUUUCAUGACUGUGUAUAAUCCUAGUGAUUUUAAUUUUAAAAUAAAGAUUAAUUAAAAUGUA